CAGCUCUGCGCGCUCCCGACGCCUACGAGCACGAGCCGAGGCUUCCUCCACAUCCAGCAAGAACCAGGAAGUGAAAGUAUACACAUGGAGGGUGUGUCUUUCUCUGCCAGCGAAUGUUGCAUUUUUAAAAACACACUCCUCCUCGGAUAAAUAAUGGGGGACUCGGCGAGGGCCAAGCGGCGGGAGCAGCUGAAGCGAUGGGACGGCUCCUGCACCGACAAGGCGUCGGCCGUGGCUAGGCGGAGGUGCCGGGGAAAUGCCGAGAACGGAUCAGGGGAGCCGGAGGCCGAGCUCAGCGACCCGCUUAGGGACCAGCCAGGCUCUGUGGGCAGAGAGGAAAGCAGCCCACUCCUCAAGCGACGGAAAAGGGUGAGAUUUGACAGAGCUGCAGAGUUUCUGGCUGCGUGUGCCAGCGGGGACACAGAGGAGGCCCAAAUGAUGCUGAUGGAGGCUAAAGAGACCAAAAUGAGGAACGGGGAGGAUGUGGCAGAUAUUAUCAACUGCUCCAACGCAGAUGGAAUCACAGCUCUCCACCAGGCCUGCAUAGAUGGCAGCAUGGAGAUGGUAGCCUUCCUUUUGGACCACAGUGCCAAUGUGAACCAGGUUGACAGCGAGGGAUGGACGCCGCUGCAUGUUGCUGCUUCCUGCGGCUACCGUGACAUCGCAGAUUUCCUAUUGCAGGAAGGCGCUUCUCUCUCUGCUGUGAACUGUGACGGUGACGUUCCUCUGGACAUUGCUCUGGAUGAGAGCACUGAGUCACUUCUUCAGGAUUACACUCUUAGACAGGGUGUGGACUUGGAGGCAGCCAAGCGGAUGGAGGAGGAGCAAAUGAUGUCAGAUGCCCGGACCUGGCUGAAUGAAGGCCCACCUAGUGAUUUACAACACCCUAGGACUGGGGCCACCCCACUGCAUGUUGCUGCUGCCAAAGGCUAUGUAGAGGCCCUUAAGAUACUGUGUCAGUGUGGGUUGGAUGUGUCAGCUGUGGACUUUGAUGGCUGGACACCUCUCCACGCUGCAGCACACUGGGGUCAGGGGGAGGCCUGUCGCAUUCUGGCUGAGCAGCUGUGCAAUAUGGAGGCCCGCAGCAAUGGGGGUCAGACACCGUUCGAUGUAGCUGAUGAAAGUGUUGAGGAGCUCCUGGAGGAGUUAUCACAGAAACAAGCCAAAUCCAUAUUGGAUAGGCAAAACCAACAAGGCUCCACAGCUCCGAACACACAAAAUAAAAAGCGGAGGAGCUCAGUAUGCAGAAUGAGCAGCAAAGACAAGAUGAAUGUGCAGGACCAGUCUAAAGAGAGGGGUGUUUCAGGAGGCCUGGAGCUGAGUGAGGAGAAGGAGAGCAGCCCUGAAAGCUCCACCUUGUCCAGUCCAGACACUGAAAGUGUAACCACAUCCACAGUCAGCUCUGCUGACAAGACACCAGAGGAGAAGGAUGAUGAGUUGAAAGAGCAGGACAAGGCAAACCGCACUGCCAGAGUCCAACCCACUCCUCAGACGAGGGAGAACAUGGCUGAGAGCCCCAACACUCCCAACACUGACAAGCGCAAGAAACAACAGUUCCAGGCUCCAGCCAGAGAUGAAGAGUCUGAGUCUCAGAGGAAAGCUCGCUCACGACUGAUGCGGCAGUCACGCCGCUCUACACAGGGUGUGACUCUUACAGACUUGAAAGAAGCAGAGAAGACCAUGCCUAAAGCUGCAGAUCAACCACUUCGCAACAUACAGCCUGUUAGCCCUAUUGUAACUGUCACGCCUGCUGAAAGAGAUACAGACCCAGUGAAGCAGGAGGAGCCAGAGGGAGAUAGGCGCCUUGGAGUAAGGGACAGGAGGAGAGGGAGGAGGGAGAGACGCUCCACGGGCAUCGUUCAGCCAGGUGGAGAGAAUGAAGAUGAGGAUGCUCAUUCGGACGACACAAACAGUAACACUCCUAACAAUGAGAGACAAUUGGGAGAUCUGUCUGGUGACUACAGAACGCUGUACUUCAAAGUACUGCAGGAGAAUCUGGCUCUAAAGGACAAGCUGCAGGAGAUGGAGCUGCAGCUCAGCCAAAACAAAGUGGAGCUAGAGCGACUCCGACAGGUUCGGCAGAGUCAAGAGGGCAACACAGACAGACCAGCCCUGCUGGAACUGGACAGAUUUGAGAAGUUGGCCCUCCAGAGGAAAGCAGUGGAACUAGAAGAUGAGCUAAAGGUUCUGGGGGACCUCAAAGCAGACAACCAGAGGCUCAAGGAUGAAAACGCCGCCCUCAUUCGAGUCAUCAGCAAACUCUCAAGAUGAACCUUAAAACACAUGCGCAUGCGCACACACACACACACACACACACACACACACACACACACACACAGAUAAAAAGUAUUACAUUCUUCUUUUGCCCAACUCAGAAGACACAAACCAGGAUGGGAGACGACAGCAUCAAACAUCUGCACAGCACAUUCAACAGUAACUGGAACAACGUGUAGAUUUCAGGGUUAUAAGUCUGUUUAUGGGCCUUUAUGUUUUGGCAGAUCUACUGUAUAACAAGCUGAACUGCACCUCCUGUGGACUGACAGGAUGAUCCUGUUCACAUCCACUUUUAUAUUAAGUUUUUAUUGUUGUAUUUUUUUAACUGGAAUAUUUUAAUGUGCUUAGCUUUUCUGAGACUUUGUAUAAAAUCUGUAUUAAGAUACCUAAAGCCAUGCACAGUGUGAGCUCACAGUAAUGUUUUAGAUAGCUUUUCUUGACCUCUGAAGGGAUGGAGACAUAAAAAUGCCAGUCAGGUGUAGGGGUUGGUUACUAUAAAAAAAAAAACUAAAAAAAAAUGUAGUACAGAAGACUUACAUGUGCCAAAAACCAGCCCCAGUUUUGCAUGUCCUUUGGGGUAAACUCCAGUGGUCAGUGUUCUCAGGAUGAGUGUUGGGUUGCUUUCUGUUUUGGCUGACUGCUGAAUAGGUGGACCAAAUCUGCAUGCUCAUCUCUCCCUGCUCCUCCGAAUGUAUAUUUAAUAUGUAUAUUUAUGUACAGGGGCCAUCUGUUCUGAGAGUGAUGUAAAGGUGUAGUUGUGGUCUCUGUUUCUAAAAAUGAGAGAGAGGUUUGGGUGCUAAUGGUGGACGUCAGGCACAGCUCGUGUUCAGAUGGGUUUUUACAGUAACUGUUUGUUACAGUCGACAGAUCUUAAAGAGGGUGAGGAGAAUGCAUGCUCUAGCCUUAGUACUGGGAGUAAGUAGAAAAUUUCACUUUGCCAUUUUGACUGGACGCUUCUGACAGCAACGACCUGUAAACUAAGUAUUCACCCUGUGACGGACGGCUGUUACCACCCAACAGACAGGCCAGAUGGGUCAACUUCUGAAUGUUUACUCCAACUUUAGAGAAAAAACCUGCAUGUCCAAUUGUAUUUUGAUGCUGUGCCUUUCAAUAUACAUUUCUAAGUGAUAUUUCUAUUUUUCUUUGGUAAAUGUACACUGUUAAGUAUAAAAUACAGUAUGGGCAUACAUUAUCAA